CAACGAGAGCUCACUGAACGCCUACCAUGACUGUCCGCUCCGCUGUCUGGAUCCACACAGAAUGUAUUUCCCCGGAGUCGUUUCUCACUUUGCAUUCGCGGUAGCCGGCGCGUCGCUAGUCGUCCGGCUGGCGACCUAAACAAAAACAUUUCUUUUGCACUUUAAAACAAGUUGGCUGGCUGGCUGGCCGUCAGCUUGAUCUAAUACGCGAGAAGUCAUCGUUUUUUUUUCUUUUUAACGAAAACUGCCUGAAUUCUGUGAUUCGCAAAACCUCGCAACGGUCGACGACUUGCGGCGCCAACGAGCGCUAACCUUAGCUUACAUAAUUUAGCUGCUUUUAAAAAUCAUUUUAUUCGUGUUUUUUGUUGUUGUUGUUAGUGGUGCUUCUUUCCCCUCCCCGCCCCCCGUUAUAUCGUGACGUUUUAACAAACUGUUUCUCAGCGUGUGUAAUUUCACGACACAUUUUUGUAUUAUUUUUUUUUGCUCAAAGCUUAAAUUACCGUACUUGCUGUGUGUGUAUCUGGCUGGGAAGCCGUUGUUUACCUCGGUAUCUCGUCACCAAGCUGCUUCAGCAGCAGUCGACUUCUCUGCCAAGUCUGACUUUAAUUGCGACUGAAUCUCUGCUCCAUCUCUUUACGGGUAACUUUAGAAAAGACAACGGAGAAUGCUUUUCGGCAUAUUUUUUUUUCUGCCAUGCACCGACUCAUCACUGAAAGCUGCCCAAGCUGUGGUUAACGCAAGCUGAGAGAAGCUAGCAACAGAAGAAAGAGAACCAUUUGAUGGAAGAAAAGAAAAAGAAAAAACAAGAAGAAAAGACCAAGACGGACAUCGCUCAGAAAAAGGCUGCUGAUCAGAAACCCAAAGUGCCAGAGCCUGCUCCCACUAAGCCCAGUCUCGGCCCACCACCCCACCACCUCCACCCCGCCAGCCCUACGCUGCCCCUCUCCUCCUCCUCCUCUUCUUCUGGCAAUGGCAAGCGCGCCUCCUCCAGUAGCCAACUCCCGACUCAGACUCCCCCUCAGCAGCAGUGCCAGUUGUCCUCUGCCAGUGCUCGCUACCCGCCCAGAGAGGUGCCCCCGCGCUUCCGUCAGCAGGAGCACAAGCAGCUACUGAAGAGAGGCCAGCCACUGCCCGCAGGAGCCCUCAGCGCUCUCACCCUCUCCUCCUCCUCCUCCUCCUCUUCCUCCUCCUCUUCGCCCUCAUCAUCUUACUCUUCUUCUUCUUCUACGACGACCAGCAGCACUACCCCAAACUCUGCCACAUCCACUGGGGGCAAACGCCACACAGACAUAUCCCUCCAGAGUGGCCCUGUUGACCAGUAUGAGACCUCUCAUUGGGGAGCCUCUUUGCCAGUUGACAGCCCCUCCAGUGCCAACAGCUGGGACAAAGUGAUUAUUGACAGAAGUGACACAGAAGCUUGGCCCUCCAUCAGCCGCAGUAGUGACCCCAGCCACCCUGCAGCACCAGAAUGCCCCUUGGGCUCAGCUAGCUCUAAUCAAGACACCAGUGCUGUCACUACCACCAGUAGUAGUAGUUGUCUGAGUAUGGCCACAGGUACCGCAGGCCAGCAGGCCCACUACCCCUCUCUGAAAGCUAAUAAUAACAUGAUGACGGGAUCUGUGUCAGCCAACACAUUAGCUGGUAAUAGAGGCUGGGGCUCGGAUGGAAAGCAAGAUGGUAUGAAUGGUGGUCGAGUAGGAGCACCCAAUAACUGGGGCUCUCCCAAUUUUAACUUGAACCUCAAUCCCAAUGCCAACCCAUCAGCCUGGCCUGUUCUGGGCCAUGAGGGUGGGGGAGGUGGUGGUAUUGGCCCAAAUGGAGUUUCAAACUCCCCAUCCCUCCCACCAGGCAUUAAUGGCAAUGGAAAUAUGGGAAAUGGGAGCCUUGGAAGUGCAGAUAAUGGUGGGGGAGGUUGGGUUGGCAUGAUAAGUGCAAAUGAAAAUGAGCAACAGCACCCUUCAACCAACACAAGCUUGUCCUUCAAUAUGGAACCUGCUAACCUUAACACUGAUGGACCAAACCACACUAAGCAACAGCAGCAAGCUCAGGAGCCUAUGAGCCCUAUCCAUGGGUUAACCGGGUGGGGAGGCCACUCACCCACUGAAUCAUCCCAGCUCAAUGGGGACACAACAGGCAGCUCUGUAUGGGGAAGUGGAGAAACCAAGGCAGCUGACUCUCCCAAGGACUCAGGCUGGGACUCAACUCCCUCUGGAAGCCUUUCUGCCUGGGGUCGCCAAGGCAGUGGUGGUGGGAGUAGUGGAAGUGGUGGCUGGGGGGACUGGGGGAAAUCCUCUGGAGGCGGAGAUGCAUCUAAAGGCUGGGACUCAGUAGACGCUGGUAGUUCUGGUUCAGGCCAAGAGCAGCAACUUAGCUCAUGGGGCCAGCAGCCUGGAACUGCCCCAGCAAGUGAGGGUAGUGGGGACAGCAGUGAAGGCCGAUCCCACCACAGAGACAGGUCCUCAAGCAUGGAGUUUUCCCCAAUACUACCCCGGCAGGACCUGGACCCUAGGGUGCUGAGUAACACAGGUUGGGGGCAGACCCCUAUUCGACAGCACACUGUAUGGGAGAUGGAAGAAUCCAACUCUGAUGAUGGGAAGAGCAACAGCAGCUCAGACACCUUAGGAGGUUCUAGCUCUAAUGGUGGACCUUCAUCCGCCAAUGGAGGUACCAUCAACUCAAACAUUGGCCCUACUCAGAGGCCUGGGUCUGGAGGAAAAAGUGACAGUGAAGGAUCAUCUUCCUCUGGCUGGGGAGCCCCUCCGCCUCAGCCAAUUCAGACCAGAUCAGGAUGGCAGGACCCUCCACAGUCACUCAACAAAGCCCCAAAUGGCACUACUAGUGGCUGGGGGGACCCUGUGCCUACCAGUGGUCCUAGAAAUGGAGGCACACCAUCCUGGGGUUCUGAGGACAAGACUUUCAGUUGGGAUGAUGGCAUGACCAAAAGUCAGCCUACUAGCUGGGGGGAGGGCCCCAAAAGCUCUCACGGGUGGGGCAAUAGUAAUGGGGGCUCCAACGGCUCCAGCACAGGGGACUGGGGAGAAGCAGAGGUCAAGAACAGUGGAUCCUCCAGCAGCAUGUGGGAAGGAGAAGGAGGGAAUGGAGGAAAUGGCGGAUGGAAGGAGAGCCCCAGAGGAGGAAAUAGAGGAGGAGGCUGGAGUAAGCCUGCUCCCACUGUGAGUAAUAGUAACUGGGGGGAGACUCCACGUACCAAUGGCCCAGCACAGGGAGGCUGGGGUUCAUCCAAGCCCCAGGAAAGCAGCAGUAGCAGCACUGGCAGCGGAGGAGGUGGCAGCAUUGGUUCAUGGGGUGGUCCGGGUUCUGUAAAGCAGAACACAUGUAGCUGGGGAAAUGGCAGCAAACAGGACCAGGGCAUGGAGCCCACUGGCUGGGAAGAGCCCUCCCCUCCCUCUAUCCGCAGGAAGAUGGAGAUUGACGACGGAACGUCCACCUGGGGCGACCCCACCACCUACAACAAGACUGUCAACAUGUGGGAUCGCAACAAUCCCAAUAAUAACCCAGGCAACAGCGGCCCACCUCCCAGUAAGAAUGGUGGAGUGAUUAUCCCCAACAACAACAACAACAAUCACUCUGUCGGCCCUGGCAACAACAAUCAUCAUCACACUCACCACAUGCACCACCAUCCUCAUCAUGGCCAACCCCCAACUCACCUGCAACACCAUGGAAACAACAAUGGGUCACCCAACAAUGGUGCCUCACAUCCAAGUGCGGGCCCCCAGGGUAGACCCCCCCUUGCCAACCCAGGUUGGGGAGAGCUACCCAGUGUUCAACCCAAGUCGGAGCCUGCUUGGGGAGAGCCAGCAGCUCCAACAUCGACUGUGGACAAUGGCACCUCCGCCUGGGGCAAGCCUCCAGGAGGAGUAGGAGGGUGGGCAGACGGUGGCCACGAGUCCUCUGGACCCUAUGGCAGGGCCAAUGGACCCCCAGGUUCUGCACCCUGCAAGCCAGGCCCCAAACCUAUGCAAGAUAGCUGGGGAAAUGGAGGAGAGGAGAUGGGCAUGUCAACUGGCCAGUGGGACACAGAGGAUGGGGACAUGUGGAACAGCCCCACCUCCCAGGAGAGCAGCUCUUCUUGCAAUUCCUGGGGCAAUGGACCCAAGAAGGGCCCAAGCAAGGGGAAGAUUGCCAACAAGCCAGAUGAGACUUGGAUCAUGAGCCGUCUCAUCAAACAGCUCACAGACAUGGGCUUUCCGAGAGACCCUGCUGAGGAGGCUCUGAAGAGCAACAACAUGAACCUUGACCAGGCCAUGAGCGCCCUGUUGGAGAAGAAGACGGACCUGGACAAGCGGGGCAUGAGCAUGUCUGAUUACAGCAACGGCAUGAACAAGCCCAUGGUGUGUCGGCCCUCUGCGCUCUCCAAAGACCCCUCUGACCGCAGCACCUAUCUUGACAAGGAUGGUGUUCUGUCAGAUGAUGCCCCCCCAUCACCGUUUCUGCCUUCCCCCAGCCUGAAGCUCCCCCUGGCCAACAGUAGCCUUCCUGGGCAGGGUCUGGGACAGGGCAACCCGGGGCUGGCCAUGCAAAACUUGAACAACAGACAGCAGAUACCCAGUGGAAUGUUUGGCAGUAGUGGAGCAGCACAAACCCGGGCCAUGCAGCAGCAGCCUCCUCAGCCACCAGUGCCACCUCUCAGCUCCUCCCAGCCUAGUCUACGUGCUCAAGUGCCUCAGUUUCUCUCCCCUCAGGUCCAAGCACAGCUCUUGCAGUUUGCAGCAAAAAACAUUGGUCUGAAUCCUGCACUUUUAACCUCACCAAUAAACCCUCAACAAAUGACUCUCUUGUACCAACUUCAGCAACUGCAAAUGGCGUACCAGCGUUUACAAAUCCAGCAGCAGAUGAUGCAGGCUCAACGCAACGUUUCCGGCCCCAUUAGACAACAAGAGCAGCAAGUUGCACGUACAAUCACCAACAUGCAGCAGCAGAUCCAGCAGCACCAGCGUCAGCUGUACCAGGCGCUGCUGAUGAAGCAGCAGCAACUUCCCUCUCAUUCCUCCUCUUCUUCCUCCUCCGCUGGUCUGCAUCCUCCCGGUGGCCCCGCUGGAGGCCCUGGCUCCGGCAAAUCAACCCUGGACCCCUUCACAGGCCCACGCCAGGCUCCGGGCCUCGCCGACACACUGCACACCAAAGAGCCACCGUCUUCACCCAGCGCCUACAGCACCUACCCUCUCUCUGGACUGAAUCCAAACAUGAAUGUAAACUGCAUGGAGGUUGGGGGUCUGUCCCUGAAGGAGCCCCCUCAGCCCCAAUCCCGCCUGUCCCAGUGGACACACUCCAACUCCAUGGACAGCCUCUCUGGCAACUCCUCAAACAUGGAGAACAACCUCAAUAAGCACGGUGCCAUAUCUGCUGCCUCUACCCUGGGCCCCCCUGGGAAGCCGCCCCAGCUGGAGGACUCAUACAGCCCUUACAAUCUAAUGUCCAGCUCUGAGUCCCCCACCAGCCCCCUGGUGCCCCCGGACAGCUGGGGCCAGGGCAAGAGCCCCAAUGAAAAGAUCUCCAAUGGGACCAACAUUAACUGGCCUCCAGAGUUCUGCCCAGGUGUUCCAUGGAAGGGCCUUCAGAACAUCGACCCCGAGAAUGACCCCAACAUGACCCCUGGCAGCGUCCCCAGCGGUCCCACCAUCAACACCAACAUCCAUGACGUCAAUCGAUACUUGCUGCGGGACAGGAAUGGAGGUACGAACAGAGGUAAACUGUCUGACAUGAAGUCCACCUGGUCCCCAGGACCCAUCUCCCAGAGCCAAGCCUCUCUGUCCCAUGAGCUGUGGAAAGUCCCUCAGGGGCCACGCAGCACCACAGCCCCCUCCCGGCCCCCGCCAGGCCUCACCAACAACAAGCCCUCCUCCACCUGGGGCGGCAACUCGCUGGGCCUGGCCCAAGGUUGGAGCGGCUCCUACUCCUCUGAGGGAACCACCUGGAGCACUGACAGCUCCAACAGGACCAGCAGCUGGCUGGUGCUGAGGAAUCUCACCCCACAAAUUGACGGCUCGACUCUGCGGACCCUGUGCAUGCAGCAUGGCCCCCUGAUCACAUUCCACCUCAACCUGACCCAGGGGAACGCUGUGGUGCGCUACAGUUCCAAGGACGAGGCCGCAAAGGCUCAGAAGUCUCUGCACAUGUGUGUGCUUGGAAACACCACCAUCCUGGCAGAGUUUGCUGGCGAGGAGGAGGUGAACCACUUCUUUGCACAAGGCCAGUCGCUAGGGGCAAACACCACUAGCUGGCAGGCCAACCCGGGAACCAAUCAAAACCGGAUGGGGGCAGUACAGUCCCACUCUAUUGGCCAGUGGAGCAGCGGUAGCGGUGGAGGCAAGGCCAGCGGAGGGGACCUGCUGUGGGGCGGGGUGCCCCAGUACUCCAGCCUGUGGGGACCGCCAAGCGGAGAGGACGCCCGUGUGAUCGGGAGCCCCACGCCCAUUAACACCCUGCUGCCUGGAGAUCUGCUGAGUGGGGAAUCCAUGUAGGAUGAUGCCACGACACACCAACCAACCAACAAACCAACCAACCAACCAACCAACCAACCCACCACCAUGUCAUGUAAGCCAUCGGUGGAGGGUGGGUGGAAAAAAAUACAAAACAAAAAAAACAUACAAAAAAACAAAAAAACAGGAGCAAAACCCAAGCGAAUCAUGUGGCGAUAAUCAGUAUCAGUUUGAACUGUUAUGAACUGUGAAUUGUGAAUCAGAAGGCCGGGGUCCCUACCACACAGACUGCAGACUCCAGUCCUUCUGUUUUACUUUUGUCCUUUUUUUUGUUUGGUUUACCUUUUUUGGAAGAAAAAAAAAGUUUUUUUUUUUCCCUUUUGAUAUUUUUGAAAUGCAUCAUAUAACAACAAACUGAACUGAGACACAACACAAAGAUACCUUUUAAGUGUUUUUAGUUUUUCCAUAAGUAUACAUGACAUUCUGUGUGAAGUGUUUUUAGGAGAAGCAAUCAAAGCUGCCAUCUGAGACUUUCCUUUUCCCUCCAAAAGAAAAAAAAAUCAUCCCAAAAUAAGACUUAAAAUGACCAUUCCCAGCAUGUUCAUGGCCAAUGAUGUGGUUCAAAGACCUUUACUAGUUAUGUUAACGUUUGUUUCUCAGCACUAAUAUUAGCCUUAAGUGCUCUCUGGCCCAGGUCCUUCCCAAGCCGCCUUUUUUUCCCCCCCGUUUGUUUUGUAACUGAAGAAAUAGCUGAAAUCUUGCACAGUUUCACCCUCUGAGCCAGUAAGUGGUACAGGACAUGACCGGUGACCAGCUCUGUCACUGGGCAGUAGGAAGGCCUGGCAGUGUGACUGGCCCUACCAAUCAUCAGCUUAAGUAUUUUGAUUUGUCUUCUCAAAGGGAUUGACACAGCUCUUAAAUGUUCUUUUUUUUUGUUCCUGUAAACCCAAGCGCAUUUUUUUAAUAUCUAUCACAACACAUAAGCUGAGAGAAGAUUAUUUUUCAACUUGGCUGCAUGUCUCCGCACAUGUCUGUGUAUGUCCGGUGGCACCUAAUCAUUGACGUCUACAAGCCGAGAUCCUUCUGGUCACCUUCAACUUGGAACCCAGUGGCUCACUGGUGCUCUGUUGAAUUUUCUAUUGUCCGAUUUGUUAUGAAGCCCGGCGAUCUGUAUGGUCAGCCAGUUUUCGGAGGAAAGAAAGACCACAAUUUCUCCUUCAUGUGACAGUUACAUUGUGCAAUAUACACCAUAGACCUUUCUUCCGUCCAUAGUCUAUGUCCACCGGAGCUGGUUUCUCAUUUACUUUUGGUUUUGUUUCUUUUUUGUGUUUCUUUUUUUGAUUGUUGCUGAUUGCAGCAAAAGACUUUGGAACUUCAAAAACCUUACCCCUUUUCAAAACUUGGAUUCCCUCCAGGCCGCCAAUCCCCCUGAAACUGUUGGGAAAACUCUGCAAAGAGGAAGAAGCAGCUGUUGAACCGUGCAUGCAGCAAACUGUACUAAAGAGUGACACUGGGUACACAAUAAUGCACACUUCCUCUCUGCAUGCCACAGCCACACCCAACAGAGACUGAAUCCACAGUGGGAUUGGACGGUUCUGGGUAUCUGGCACAAUACCAAAUAAGAGGGGUUUCUCCUAAUGCAGUAGACCUACGAGUGUUCCUUGCGUUUGGUACUGUACAAACAGAAAAGACUAAGACUUUUAUAAAUUCAAAGGGUUUUAUCAUAGCACUUAUGAAGAGCAAAUCGUUUCAACUGCAAUCCAAUAAAUCAAAAAAGGAGCAGUAAAAACAUUUAAAACAACAACAAAAAAACCUAUACUGCUCUCCUAUGUACUAUAUCUGUUCCUUGGAAAUGUGUCUGGCGUUGCUCCUCUGGUAGAACGAUGAAGGGAAACAAAACUGAAAUGUACCAUUGGACUUUGGGGAAAAAACUGCAGUCUAUGAUUUUUUUUUCCCUCUUUGAACAAUAUCAAAGUGAAUAUCACUGUUACUCCAAAUGUUUAGCCUUGUUCUGUUUGGAGGCACUAGACUCACAACGGCAGCCAUCUCUGACACGCGCUGGCCAGUCAGUCGGAGUCUGGUGGGGAGAGGGAGCGUCCACCGAGUGCCUCUCUGCUGUGGUCCUCCGGAUGUCGAGCGGCAGCCCCCACGGCGCAGCACUUCCUCCUGGGCUCCACUUGACCCUCCCUCAGUCUCGCAAGAAAAAAGAAAAAAAAAGAAAAAAAAGCAGCUCCUCCAAGACUGGCCAAUCACGGCUCUCCGCCACACACGGCAUCUUCAACGGGGGAGGGGGGGGGCAGCCACCGCUCGACCUUGCUGUCGUUCCCGCCCUCUCUCCCAUCUCUCAGUUCUUUGACACAAAGAUCACUUUAGCUGGAAGAUGUAAUAGUCAUAUUUCUGGAAUUUUUGCCAGUGUGCUUUUUAUUUUUUUGAGAAGAUCAUUUGACUUUAUUUUUUUCAGUGUGUUCUAUUGUUAUUUUUGUCUACAUGCAGUGGUCUACAAAAUACUGGCUGCUGAACUAGCCCUUCACUGUUCAUAUGCAGAAACACUUUGGUCAGAGGUGCCUCUGUAUGUUCAUCCUGUGUAUUGAAUGCAAAACGAGGAUCAAUACUACAGAGCGUUAUUGAUUGUCUAUUUGUUUUUAAACUGAUCAUGCUUUUGUGUUUGACAGUAUUCUGUAGUACUUCCAGGUAGUAUCUUGAGAUGUGUAAAAAAUAGGGUGUCUCAGACGGGGGUGUGGGUGUUUGUCGCUCCAAGCUGCUCCGCCUGCCCGCAGGCUGUCCCCCCGCGCCCUUUGCCUAGCUGCUACGCUACGACCUCCUCUCCUCCUCCACCUCAACCAGACCCAGUAGCCCUCCCCUGACCAGGCACCAACAGGCCCUCCUAUCUGUUUCUAUGCAAAAGACUAGAGGCUGGGGCCCUUUACAGCAUGCCAAACCUGACUUGGGAAUGAGCACUCCUCCCAGACCUUGGCAGACCCUAACACUUGUCCCCCCGUGCACUUCUGUCAGCACUUCAGAAUGGCCACCGUUUCUGUAAAGUCAGGCUAAGCCACCAGAGCACUGUCACAUACUAAAAUCCAAACACUUUAUCGACGGUCGGCCUUUUCUCUCUGCGCUGAAGACGCUUCUGUCCAGCUUGAUCUCAGGGUAGGGGAGUUGAUGAUACCAAGUAUGAGAUGCAGCUCUCCGUAUCUGUCCUUUUUACUGUGAGAGCAAAGUCUUAAAUUACAAGGCCAUCUGCGCAACAACAUGUACAGACCUCAUGCCUCCAACUUUAUCCUAAUUGGAAGGGAAAAGGCUAGUAUUGAAUCCUUUUCUCAAAAGGUGGCCUAUCGUUCCUGUUUCGGGGCUCCUUGUUGCAUGUAAAAGAUGCCAACGUAAUGUGCCAAUAUAAAUUUGCUGUGUCAUACUGUAUCUUUAUAGGCAGCACUUCUGUUCCCUGUUUGGAGGAGCUUUGAUAACCUUUGCGGAGGGUGCAGCGGGGGACAGGAGGGAUCAAACAAAUGGGCGGCAGCAUCACACCCUUUAACGACUGAGAUUUGUUUUUUUUUUUUGUAAUGCUUUUGUGGGGAAUGCCCCACGCUAAGGAGAAAAUCUUUACUCAGUUGGGGGUUCCAGUUUGCUACAGUGCACAGUUGAUGAUGGGUAAUCCCGGGUACAUAUUUUUUUAAAACCAAAAAUGAAAUCGCAUUUUAACGUCAUUUUUAUGAAGUUUGACAUAAAAAUCUUAAAAAUGCUUAAAAAUCUAAAUGGAAAAAAAAGAUCUAUAAUAUGUUAAAGCUCUGCACUUCUAGCUGAAACGUCUCCGGUCAUCAGCCUCUACUACCACCAUCUAAAGGAGUAGACUGCUGGCCGGGGUGCCUUUUUUGUGGAUGCUGUAUUUAUCUCGUUUUUAUGUUUGUGUCCCGCUCAAAGCGGGCCCACUGAACUGUACAUUUCCACAGACCCAGAUGGCUUGGGCCCACUGUAUCAGCCUCACUCCCCUCACUCUGCAUCAGCAGGAGGGGGGGCGGCACAUUUCAAGAGGUACAAAGUCUUAAAAGCAUUUUAAAAAAAAGUUUUAAAAUUAAAAAAAAAAAUAAACAAGAAAACGGGAAAAGGCUACCUUUCAGGACUCGCAGUCCUGCAGCACACAAGCAAAAAUCACUAUUGCCUGUUUCUGUAACUGCCUUGAUCCAAGCUCAGACAGACCCAAUAGCCGAGGACCUCCCAGCAUCCUGUACUAACUGGAGAACCCUGACAGUGAAGGGGGUUUGCCAUGCUGCACCAGCAUCGAGAGGCUCUCCUCUCUACAGCUCUGUUCUAGAUAACAGUAUAUAUGUAUACACUAUAUAUAUACAUAUAUAUAUACGUAUAUAUGUAUAUACACACACACAUGUAUACUGUGAGUAUGGUGUGUGGUAUCACCUCUUCAGACUUCUUGGAUCGUAACCUCUGAAACUUUUCAUUUUCAUUUGAAAGUUCGUGGUUUAAUACAACUGAAAAUGAGCAAUAUGUAUUUUCCCCGCAAAUAAGUGAUACGAAGGAAAGAAUUCGGGUCGGGAGUAAACUGAUACUUGAUUGACUGAAAGCUACGUCUUUCUUCUAUGGAGUUGGAUAUGCACGUUCUGGUUUUGAUGACAUAUUACAGUACUUUGAAGUGCUUGUACUGUAUAUAUGUGUAUUUGUUAAUUAGCCUGUCUAAAAGCCCAACCCAACCAGUUGAUUUAAAAAAAAAAAAAUCACAAACAUAUCAAAACAAAACAAAACAUUGAACUCAAAUACUUGAAUCAUGGAGCGCCAAUAACGUAAUGUGAAGUCAGUAAUAAAGUAGUUUUUUGUUCUCGCCAUCUGACAGGUACACUUAGGGGCUUUUAGAGAAUAUUAAAAAUGUAUUGCAUUAAGUUACAAUUACAAAAUCUUUGAUAAAAAAAUGCAAAAGGCAUCUUAGAUGUGUGCUUGAAAGUCAGAUGUUUGUAUGAAUGUGUGCGCAAGAAACUGUGUACCAGGCACAUGGCCUGCUGUUCUGUUCCACUCAGUAUGUUAUAUUUUGUGUCUGUUUUUAUCUUUUUUUUUUUUUGUUCUGUCAAAAAAAUAUUCUGAUAGACAUUGUUAUUAUCUUCUAACGUUGCACUGAGUGUCUUCUACCCCUCACUCAGCUAAUCGUAGAUAAACGAGUCUAAGUACGGAGGGGAGAUGGUGACAAUUCAUGUGUACAUGUUUACUCAAGGACUUAAUGGAUUUUUUUUUCAUUCUAUCUGUAAAAAGUUUAUCUACCUUAUAGUGGCUUUUAUUGUGGAAUAAUCCAAAACAAGGAUUAUCAUUGAGUAUUGCACCAUUUUGUUCCAAUUAUAUGAAAAAACAAGAGUUAAAAAAAAUCAAAAAAGAAAAAAAGUAAUAAAAAAAACAAAAAAAAUCAAAAAAGGGGGAAAAAAACAAAGAACUGUGGCCAUAGAUAGCUGUAGAUGGACUAGUAAUCCCUAUGUUAACUUCAUGGAGAAAUGGAAAGGGAUCAAGUGUGGGAGGUGAGUUUGUUACAAGACUCAUUUCAGAGGUGCCUAUCUUUUUUUUUUUUUGCAAAAGCCACCUGUCGUUUACAAGCAUUUCAUUUGUCUGAAGUUUGAGAAAUAGGAUAGAAUUUAUAACAGGAAUGUUGUUUAAAAAAAAGAAAAAAAGGACAAAGUUCAUCCUCCAUCAAAUAUGGACAUGAAAAUCUUGCAAAAUGAAGAUUUAUGCUACUUUAAGAACUCUGGGAUUGAUCAGUGUUGUGUCAUAUUUCAACUUUUAAUUUCUCUUUCAGUGUCGACAGACUAUCUCUGUACGUAUUGAUUUUAUGUUCUCUGUAAGCGACGCAGUUUGCUCACUAUCUUGCACACUCAAAAAAGAAAGAAAAAAGAAAAAAAAAGAUGUGGAUUUUGUCUCAGGAAGGCCAGGGUUCCAGAUACCAACUCCAUCAUUUCUAGGUUUAAUGUUUGUGUGAAAAAAAAAAACAAGCAACUGAAAACAAUUAAACUCCAAGCAA